AAGGCCACAGCUGAUCUUUACUGGUCUUCGCCAUGCUUCCCAUAUGGCUCGCGUGAAAAACACAGCUUCUUAUGGUAGACGGCCUGAUAUAAGGAGGUGAAUUGCAACCUACAAGAAGCUUGUCAGUCUUGUUGCCAUUGAUGAGGGCUGCAAUACUACGGCACACGAUUGCGAUCGGCAAUGACGAUUUCUAAGCUACCCAUUGCCGAUGGCGUUGUUAUACCCACUUACCCCAACAGUUGCAGAUGGAUAUAUUGCGGUGGAAAUUCACUCUUGCCAGCGCUGCUAAAAAUUGCAAGGCAAUCCAUUUAGGUCGAUCAGAGACCACAUCGAUUUGGUGCCCGGAACAUUGUACCAAGAAGACACUCUGAUCAUAAUCAUAGCUUGGCUGCGAUGAAGGAAGCCAUCGUACACGCAGGGCCGAGAGUUGAGAUCAUCGACUCACCAAUCCCGCAACCGCAAGCUGGCCAAGUAGUCAUCAAGGUCGCCUUCAGCGGCAGCAACCCAAAGGAUUGGAAGGUGCCCGAAUGGAUGACACAAACCCCACCAUUGAACCAAGGCGAUGAUAUCGCUGGUACCAUCCAUGCAGUCGGCGACGGUGUCACAGAGUUCAAGCCCGGAGACAGAGUGGCAGCGUUCCACGAGAUGCUCUCUCCGCACGGCAGUUACGCCGAAUACGCGGUAGCGUGGGCUCAUACGACCUUCUUUCUACCGCAGAAGACAAGCUUUGAGGAAGGUGCCGCCCUCCCGUUGGCAGCUCUGACUGCUGCCGUUGGUCUAUACGCCAGUAAUCGCCUUGGCCUCCCACAGCCAUGGAGUCCUGCAACCAAGCCAAUACCAUUGGUGAUAUACGGAGCGUCUUCGGCAGUGGGCACCUACACCCUGCAACUGGCGCUCCGGUCAAAUAUCCAUCCAUUAAUUUGCAUCGCUGGUCGUGCUCAACAGCACGUCGAGAACAUGAUCGACCGUUCGAAAGGCGACACUAUCGUCGACUACCGUAAAGGUGAUGAAGCAAUCGUACAAGGUAUCAAGGACGCACUCAACGGCAAGAAGCUGGAGUAUGCUUAUGAUGCUGUAAGCGAGAAGGGCUCAGUCCAAAACCUCGGCAGAGUUCUCGAUGCCCAGAGCGGUACGGUCACCUGCGUGCUACCACCACCCGGGGGUGAUUGGUCCGCGAAAUGGCCAGGCGUGCCGGAGUCUAUAGGCCAAACGUCAACAAACGUCGGAGAUGUGCACAAGAGUGUGAAGGACCUUGGCUACGUGUAUUCACGGUACUUCACUCGCGGCUUGGAAGAAGGCUGGUUCAAAGCGCAGCCGCAGGAGGUGGUCCCGGGUGGGCUCAAUGGCAUCCAGAGCGCAUUGGAGAGGCUCAAGGACGGUACCGCCAGCGCGGUCAAGUACGUCUUCAAGAUUAGCGAAACUCCAGGGGCUGGCAGUGGUAGCUAGAUCGAAUACCAGACCACAACCGCCACGACAGAGCGGCUUUUGCACCCGACCGAUCCGAUUG